AUGUCAUUGCUUACGGACACAGGUUCUUCCCCAGCUAAGAAGAAAGUUAAAGUGCAAUGUUUUCAGUUGGCGUGGUUGAAGCAAUUUAAGUGGCUAAUUUGUGAUGAUGGAGGUCUUAUGCAGUGUACCACAUGCACGUUGCAUAAAAUGAAGAACAGUUUCGUCAACCCUGGAUCCAAAAACUACAGGAUGUCAGCUUUAACAGACCAUGUCAAAUCAAGAGACCACUUGACUGCUGAAGGGUUACAAACAAUCAAAUCUCAAAAACUAAUUGAGAGUAUAGUGAUAAAAUCAACAGCAAUAGCAGACGAUUCCAUGACAACACUGAUACGAAAUAGUUACCUGUUGGCAUUUGAGGAUUUACCGCUAGAAAAGUAUGAAUCACUGAAUCGGAACUCCCGACUUACUGGCAGCAUAAUAACAACAUCCAUGUAUCAAGACCGGCGGACUGCAACCGAGUUGAUCACCAUUGCAUCGGAUAUCAUCAGGGAAUCCAUUAUCGAAGAUCUGAAAUCUAGUAAAGCAAUCGGAAUAAUGGUCGACGAAAGCACAGAUUUGGAAACUGAAAAGCACCUUAUAAUAUAUGCAACAUACGUCAAGGAGGGAUCGACGUGUGUGCGGUAUGUUCAGCUGCUCAAGUUGACAUCAUGUGAUGCAGUUUCGUUAACUGCAAAGAUCGUCAGUUUUUUCCAAGGAAAUGAAAUUGACAUGAAAAAAGUAUUUGGGUUUGGAUCAGAUGGAGCAGCAGUGAUGUUGGGGAAAGAGGGUGGUGUAGCGACAUUGUUAAAAGUGUAUUCGCCAUAUCUCGUGGAAAUGCAUUGUGUUGCACACCGAUUGGCACUAGCUGUUGUUGAUAGUGCAAAAGUGGUAAAAGAAAUUAAAUGGAUGGAAAGCAUUCUUUCCAUGUUGUGUGGAUGUUUUAGACGUUCACCAAAACGGUUGAUGCAGUUGGCAAUGUGGCAAGACUUUCUCGAUGACCCCAAAAAUCAAGCCUCUACAAGUACAUCAAGUCCGAUGACGAAUGCCCUGACCAAUGUUCGCCGUACUUUACCAUCUCUCCUAAAAAUGUUGGAAGAAGACAGAGACGAUGACGUCACCGCUGAAGCGUUGUUCUGUAAACUAUCAUCCUACAAAUUCGUUUAUCUCCUUCACCUUUGUUGUGACAUCUUCGACCAGAUCGCACGGCUGGUCAAGUUUCUACAGCGACGUGAUUUGGUUUACGCCGAGAUAAACCCUGCAGUGACAUUGGUUGCUGACACAUUCCAUAUGUGGUACCUGAGCGACGAUGCCAUGGGAGGUCCACUGCUGAGGGAAUUUGUAUCAAACGUCGACUGUAGUGAGCCGGUUUUUGCCGGGAUUAGUUUAACAAUGUCCAAGCAAGAUGCAGGCCUGUUGAAACUCCAGCAAAACAUCGCCAACGUCAUGACAACGAAUGUUACAUCAAGAUUUCCUGACAUGGAAUUGCGUGAUUCCAUGAGCAUACUUGACCCACAGAAUUUGCCAUGUAACAACUUGAGUUCUUAUGGAGUUUCCGAGCUCAGUAUGCUUUCGAAACACUUUGAUGGAGCUGUGAACCCCACUGAGUUGGUGAGUGAAUGGGAGUGGUUUAAAGUAUACACAAAAAGAAACCAUCGCCAGGCAACACCAACAGAUCUGUUAAAGGAUGCGGCUCUUGUUAACCUGAUCAACAUAAGCUGUGUACUGCCAGUAUCCAGUGUCGAAUGUGAGCGUGGUUUCAGCCGCCAAAACCUGAUUAAAACCAGGCUGCGUACAGCAAUGACAUUGGAAACGCUGGAUUGUCUGAUGCGCAUUUCCAUCGAGGGAGACGACAUAGAGCAGUUUGAUCCAGCACCAGUCCUGUCCCGAUGGAAAUGUCGUCACAGUUGA